AUGAGCAUCUCUAUCUCCAGCAGUCUCGCAAGGAAUAAGCUCAACACACAAAUCUGGGUGAACAAGUCAAUGGCAACUAAUUCAGUCUUCAGAACUAUCUUCGUCUUUCUCAUCCUCUUCUCCAUCUUCUCAGGCCGAGUUCUCUCACAAUCGAACAGCAGAAGCACUCAAGCAGUUGUAGAAGAAUGCCAGCCAGAAUCAGGAAACUGCAAUAGCAAGUCGAAAGCUUUGCCGCUCAAGAUCAUAGCCAUUGUCUCCAUCCUUGUGACGAGCAUGGUUGGGGUUUGUUUGCCUCUGCUAUCUCGCUCGGUCCCAGCUCUGCAACCUGACAGAAACCUUUUCGUCAUUGUUAAGGCGUUUGCAGCUGGUAUCAUCCUCGCCACAGGUUUCAUGCACGUCUUGCCUGAUUCUUUUGACAUGUUGAGAUCUCCUUGCCUGCGUGAAAACCCAUGGCAUAAGUUCCCCUUUAGUGGUUUCUUGGCAAUGUUAUCUGCAGUUGUAGCUCUAAUGGUGGACUCUAUCUCCACCAGCAUAUAUAGCCAUAGAAGCAACGUGGAUGUAAAGCCAACAGAGAUAGAAGCUGCUGCUGAUGGGGAUAGCAGGGAUAGAGAAAUGGGUGUUGUAAUAAGCUCUGGGAUACACUUUCAUGGACACUGUCAUGCCCCAAUGGAUACCACCACCAGUGGAGACUCCCAACUAUUGCGCUAUCGUGUUAUUGCCAUGGUUUUGGAGCUGGGUAUUAUUGUUCAUUCAGUUGUGAUUGGGCUUUCACUAGGAGCCUCAGACAACACUUGUACAAUAAAGCCUCUGGUAGCUGCACUUUGCUUCCAUCAAAUGUUUGAAGGAAUGGGACUUGGUGGUUGCAUCCUCCAGGCAGAGUACAAGUUUCUAAAGAAAGCUCUAAUGGCUUUCUUCUUCUCUGUCACAACCCCAUUUGGAAUUGUCCUUGGGAUGGCCUUAUCAAGAACAUAUGAGGAGAAUAGCUCAAGCUCGUUGAUCACAAUAGGACUACUGAAUGCUUCAUCUGCAGGGCUUUUGAUCUAUAUGGCUUUGGUGGACCUCCUGUCUGCGGAUUUCAUGGGCCCCAGGUUGCAACGUAGUAUUAAACUCCAGAUCAAAUCCUACAUCGCUGUACUCUUGGGUUGUGGUGGCAUGUCUCUGAUGGCCAAAUGGGCUUGAGCCUUGAUAUAAUAUAAGGGGACAAAUUAUUAUUGUAAUAUGUUAAAGUGCACUGAAUUAUUCCUGUGUCAGUAGUAAUUUAGAAGCGGAGUUUGUCGCAAAGAAAGGACAAUGAUGAUAUGAACUAUUGUUACUUGGGGCGAUUCCGUUAUUCCAUAUAUGCCAUGAAAUUCCUUAUGCUGUGUUUGGUUGCAGUGCAA